AUGUCAGGUGCUCAUCAACAACAGUCAAGAAGAAGACGCUUUCCAGAGAAAGAACCCAAAAUAUGGUGGAUACCAACAGUCGGGACCCACGAACCGAUAACAUCACUUGUGCCCGAGAUUUCGACGGUGACCACAUAUCUUCACAGGCAUCCCAGAAUUCUUGAUGAAAUAAUUCUUAAUUUAGAUAAGAAAAAAAUCGAGUAUCUGCUAAAGAUUCAGGAGGCGCGAUCAAACAUAAAGGAAUAUGCACUCGGCAGAUGGGACAGUGGGUCUAAUCCCCAGAAGCGUUAUCGACAUUCGGCUACCAACGUGCUAAACCAGGACCAUGUACAAGAAUGCAAAACACUCGAUUUACGCACGCUUCUUUCUAACACUUCAGACAUGUUGGCAAAUGCCUUACAAGUGGACUGGUUUUCGUUGUAUCUUCCACGCAACAAUAACAGAUAUUUAUAUGAAUAUAAUGUCGAAGAUACCAAAAAUCACCUUGGUGUUAUAAGGAAAGGAACAACAGUGUCCGCUGCAGCCGCCUUCUUAGGUGAAACGUUAAUGGUAGAAAACCUACCGCAAGAUGACAGGUAUCCAAAGGGUGUUGGACAUCCAGAGAGAGAUGUCCACAGUGUUCUCUCAAUCCCUAUAGUCUUUCCCUCUGGGGACUUGCAUGGAGUUAUAGAACUAUGCAAAAGCAAAGCAGAUAUGCCAUUUACUAAGCACGAUAAAUUGAUUUCUAAUUGGUUACUUGGAUGGAUGGUUUGUUUUCUGCAUCAAGCACAUAUUGGCAGAGUGCUUGAGCUCCAAUCAAGACUUAAUGAUUUUCUCUGGGAUGUCACACACGACGGUCAAUUCAGCAUCGGCUGUGUCGAUAACCUUGUUGAGAGAAUCUUGUUUUUCAGCAAAGACUUGGUGAAUGCAGAUCGAUUUGCCAUGUUUUUGGUCAGCGAGGAAAACCGCAAGCUUUAUGCCGAUUGUUUUUGCAAUAGUGUGACGGAUGAUGGAAAACCUAUGUUUUCUACUAAAAAAGAUUUUCCGUUUUCAUGCAGCGAAGGAAUUGCCGGAUAUGUGUACACAACUGGUGAAACAGUCAAUAUUUCCAAUGUUUAUGAAGAUGACCGUUUUAACGCCGAAGUGGACGAAUUACCCGGUUAUUACACAAAGAACAUUCUAUGUAUGCCGAUUCAUAGCAAAUUUGGUGUAAUUGGAGUAAUCCAAAUGAUUAACAGUCUCUCUAACGAUCAUUUUACGAAUGCAGAUGAAAGUAUCUUUAAGAGCUAUGCUUCUUACUGUGCCAUGGCCCUGCAUAUGUCCAAGGUAUUCAAGAAACAUAAUUUGUUUAAAAUACAGCACAAAAUUACAAUGGAAGUAAUGGAAAAUUAUAUUGUCGCUCCAAAAGAUGAAUGGCAGUCGCUCACUCCUGACACGCCGCCCGAAAUGAUUCCAUACUCAUUUUUUCUCUAUGACUUCCAUGCAUGUGAAUUUGAGGAACAGUUACCACAGUUGUUCAUUUAUAUGAUUCAGGAUUUGUUCGGCAAAGACGUAUUCGAUUUCACGAAACUGAGCAAAUUUGUUAUGACAGUAAGAAAAAAUUACAGAAAGUUGUCGUUUCACAACUGGAUACAUGGAUUUCAGGUAGCGCAUUCAUUGUACUGUAUGAUGAAGACGAAUUCAAAAUUUUGGAAAAGCAAGGAAGCUAUGGCUAUGAUUAUCGGUGGUUUGUGUCACGAUAUAGACCAUCGUGGCUACAACAACAUGUUCUACCAAGAAUUUAAACUGCCCUUUGCCGAUCUGUACGGCACAUCUAUAAUGGAACAUCACCACUACAAACACACGGUCACAGUGCUGGAGUUAAAAGAUCAUGAUAUAUUCUCUUUUCUCAACUCCAGUCAGUACACAGAGAUGUUAAGCAUGAUUGAGGACGCCAUCAUUGCAACAGAUCCUUGUUUUUUCCAGACUAAUCAAAAUGAACUAGCGCAAAUGCUCGAAAACAAAACCUUCAACAUCCGGAACGAUCACAGUAGAAGACUCUUCAAGGCGCUCAUGAUGACUGCAGCUGAUCUGUGUGGGAUCGCUAAGCCGUGGCACACGCAGAUGAAGAUGGUGCUGGAUCUCUAUCAUGAAUUCUACGAGCAAGGUGAUGCGGAAAAGAGCCAUGGCUUGCAACCCACUGAAGUGAUGGACAGGGCGAUGAGGUAUAACAUUCCCAAACAGCAAGCACAUUUUAUCCGUACCAUAUGUCUGCCCGUCGUUUCCAUACUUGUACAGAUUCUUCCGGGUUGUAAACCUUUAUUGCACGGUGUAGAGGCAAAUUUGGAAAACUGGCAAAAGGUUGUGGACGAAAGGGAUGAAUAUGAAAGACAACACGGACAUACAGGAGUCGCAAUGUGA